CGCGCGUUUGCGAGACUCGGUUGGUCCUCAGGGAGGGUGAGUCGGCGCGGCGGGCGCGGACUCGGGUUGUCCUCGGUCCGAGUGAUCCCUGGUCGCUUCCUGCACCCUCCCGCCUUCGGCACUGGGGUCCUCGCGUCCCCGGGGCCUCCAGUCGGGAAAGCGCGGGGGCUUUGCGGGGCCCUGAGCGCCUGGCGUGGGAGGUGGUCGAGCCCAGACACCCUCCCCCGCGGCGGCGGCGCGAGGUGGGCUUCGUUUGGCCGAGUCUCGCAGCUCCCCGCAGACCCCGCUCGUGGCACCCACGGUGUCAGGGGCCUGAGUAAGGCGAGCUCCAGCUGCGGCCUUUUCUCCAGGCCUGGGCCUACUCCCGGGGCCCGGACUCUCCCUCCUGCGAAGUCACCUUCUUCUAGGCCCUUUCUCUUUCUAUUUAUUGCCCUGGAAGGCCUAGGAUAAGUGACAGUGGAGGAAAGAACGGUGCCUUGGGUGGGGUAGGCUGUUUGUCUUCUCUAAAUUCUGGUUGCUAUUCCGGGCAUUCCUACUGUCAGGAGCCAGGUGGGAGGAUCCUCCUCCGGGGGUCACUGCUGCUUGGAUCAGCCCACCUGUGCCGGUGACCUGGGGCUUCCACCCACAAACCACUUCCUGGGCCAGAAGCUGCCGUAUGAAGACUCUUUUUCCCAUUCCGACCUCCCGGGGGAAUGCCUGGGCAGGUAGAGGGUCUGGAGUCAUUGGCUUGAUUGAGGUGAACGAUUUAUGUCAGAUUACAUCCCUGUGCCUGGUUCCAUCCUGGCGACAGGUCUCUCGGCCAGAACACGUGGAUGCCCACCCACCACUGAGCCUCAUGGAGGUGGUAACAUUUGGCGAUGUGGCUGUGCACUUCUCUCGGGAGGAGUGGCAGUGUCUGGACCCUGGCCAGAGGGCCCUCUACAGGGAAGUGAUGCUGGAGAACCACAGCAGUGUGGCUGGACUAGCUUUUAGUGACCCCACUCUCUGGUUUGGUUAUCUGUGUCCGUGCUUUCCACAUGAUGGCAACCUGUGGGCCUGGCCAUCAAGAGGUUCUGCAGCCUUUCCAGGAUUCCUGGUUUUCAAGCCUGAGCUGAUCUCCCGGCUGGAGCAGGGAGAGGAGCCGUGGGUCCUCGACCUGCAGGGAGCAGAGGGGACAGAGGCACCAAGGACCUCCAAGACAGAUUCUACGAUUAGGACUGAAAAUGAGCAGGUCUGUGAGGGCAUGGACAUCCUAAAAUCAGAAUCCUAUGGGACAGUGGUCAGAAUCUCCCCACAGGACUUCCCUCAGAAUCCUGGCUUUGGAGACGUUUCCGAUUCUGAGGUCUGGUUAGACAGUCACCUGGGAAGCCCCGGGCUGAAAGUGGCAGGCUCUACCUUCCAGAAUGACUGUUUGAGUGAGGAGACUGUGGUUCCCAAGACCUUCAAGGAUUUAGCCCAGGGAUGUAAGGAGCUGGGAAGCAGCGGCCUGGAUUGUCAGCCUCUUGAAAGUCAGAAAGAGAGUGCAGAAGGGACGUCCCGGAGAUGUGAGGGGUGUGGCAAAGGUGUCAGAGCCACUUCAGACAUCGCUCUGCAUUGGGAAAUUAAUACACAGAAAAUCAGCAGAUGUCAAGAAUGCCAAAAAAAGUUAUCUGACUGCUUGCAGGGGAAACAUCCAAGUAACUGCCAUGGAGAGAAGCCGUAUGAAUGUGCAGAGUGUGGGAAAGUCUUCAGGCUCUGCUCGCAGCUUAAUCAGCAUCAGAGAAUCCACACGGGAGAGAAACCCUUUAAAUGCACUGAGUGUGGAAAAGCCUUCCGCCUGAGCUCGAAACUUAUUCAGCAUCAAAGAAUCCACACUGGGGAGAAGCCCUACAGAUGUGAGGAAUGUGGAAAAGCUUUUGGUCAGAGCUCAAGCCUCAUCCACCAUCAGAGAAUCCACACAGGAGAGAGGCCCUAUGGUUGUCGUGAGUGUGGGAAAGCCUUCAGCCAGCAGUCGCAGCUGGUUAGACACCAGAGAACUCACACUGGGGAGAGGCCCUACCCUUGCAAGGAGUGUGGGAAGGCCUUCAGCCAGAGCUCCACCCUGGCCCAGCAUCAAAGGAUGCAUACUGGGGAGAAAGCUCAAAUUCUAAAAGCCUCAGAUAGUCCAAGCCUUGUUGCACAUCAGAGAAUUCACGCUGUAGAGAAACCAUUUAAGUGUGAUGAGUGUGGGAAAGCUUUUAGGUGGAUCUCGCGCCUGAGUCAGCAUCAGCUGAUUCACACUGGAGAGAAGCCUUAUAAAUGUAACAAGUGUACAAAAGCCUUUGGUUGUAGUUCACGGCUUAUUCGCCAUCAGAGAACUCACACUGGAGAAAAACCGUUUAAAUGUGAUGAGUGUGGCAAAGGCUUUGUUCAGGGCUCACACCUUAUUCAACAUCAGCGAAUCCACACUGGAGAGAAACCCUAUGUGUGUAAUGACUGUGGAAAAGCCUUCAGUCAGAGUUCCAGCCUUAUUUACCAUCAGAGAAUCCAUAAAGGAGAGAAGCCCUACGAAUGCCUCCAAUGCGGAAAAGCCUUCAGCAUGAGCACGCAGCUUACAAUACAUCAAAGGGUUCACACUGGAGAGAGGCCCUAUAAAUGUAAUGAGUGUGGGAAAGCCUUCAGUCAAAACUCAACCCUUUUCCAACACCAGAUAAUUCAUGCAGGAGUGAAGCCCUAUGAGUGCAGUGAGUGUGGAAAAGCCUUCAGCCGGAGCUCGUAUCUUAUUGAACACCAGAGAAUACACACUAGGGCCCAGUGGUUUUACGAAUAUGGGAAUGCCCUGGAAGGGUCCACCUUUGUGGGCCGUAAAAAGGUUAAUACUAUAAAGAAACUGCAUCAGUGUGAAGACUGUGAGAAAAUAUUUAGGUGGCGUUCACACCUAAUUAUACACCAGAGAAUUCACACCGGGGAGAAGCCUUAUAAAUGCAAUGACUGUGGCAAAGCUUUUAAUCGGAGCUCAAGGCUUACCCAGCAUCAAAAAAUUCACACGGGAUAAACCACUUACAUAUAAAUGUGUAUAUAUGUGAAUAAACCUACAGCCUUAACUUA